AUGUCACAAGCCGUCCGCCGCUUCGCCCAGAUCGUCAAGCUCAAGCCUCAGCACCUGGCCGAGUACAAGGAUGUGCACGCUCGAGUAUGGCCCGACGUGCUGGCGCAGAUUAAGCAGUGCAACAUCAAAGACUACAGCAUCUUUUACGACGACAAGUCCCACGUACUGUUCGCCUCGUUCAAGUACGUCGGCUCCGACUACAAGGCCGAUAUGGCUCGCAUGGCAGAGAACCCUCGUGUUAGGGAGUGGUGGCGCAUGACUGAUGCAUGGCAAGAGAGUCUCGUUCCCGGCGCUGUGAGCUCCGAGGCAGGCGAGCCGUCGUGGUGGAAGCCCGUUGAGGAGGUGUUUUAUAUGCCGUGA